AUGUGUGGUAUUUUCGGCUACAUCAACUACCUCGUUGAGAGGGACCGCAAGUUUAUCCUCGACACUUUGCUCAAUGGUCUCUCGCGGCUUGAAUACCGGGGGUAUGAUUCUGCAGGUCUUGCAGUCGACGGCGACAAGAAGAACGAAGUCUGUGCUUUCAAAGAAGUCGGAAAAGUUGCCAAGUUGAAACAGCUCAUUGAAGAAUCCAAACCCGACCUCGCCAAGUCUUUUGAAUCGCACGCCGGUAUUUCUCACACACGCUGGGCUACUCACGGAACGCCCUCACGCCUGAACUGCCACCCACACAGAUCCGAUGCCAAGUGGGAAUUCUCUGUAGUCCACAAUGGCAUUAUCACAAACUACAAGGAGCUUAAGGCUCUGUUGGAAAGCAAGGGUUUCCGAUUUGAGACGGAGACCGACACUGAAUGCAUUGCCAAGCUUACAAAGUAUUUGUACGACCAGCAACCGGACAUUGACUUCACUGUGUUGGCCAAGGCUGUUGUGAAAGAACUUGCAGGCGCCUUCGGUCUCUUGAUUAAGUCUGUGCAUUACCCCCAUGAAGUGAUUGCCGCUCGUAAGGGUUCUCCUCUUGUGAUUGGCGUGAAGACUUCGAGGAAGAUGAAGGUGGACUUCGUGGAUGUGGAAUAUUCCGAGGAUGUUGCUCUUCCUGCUGAGCAGGCUUCCCAGAAUGCCGCCAUCAAGAAUUCUGCUACUAGUCUCCUCGCCCCCCCUGAUAAGUCUCUUCUCCAUCGCUCCCAGUCUCGUGCGUUCCUGUCCGACGAUGGAAUUCCCCAGCCCGCCGAGUUCUUCUUGUCGUCUGAUCCGUCGGCAAUUAUCGAGCACACUAAGAAAGUUCUAUAUCUCGAGGACGAUGACAUCGCCCAUAUCCACGAAGGCCAACUCAACAUUCACCGCCUGACAAAGGACGAUGGAACAUCCAACGUUCGUGCUAUCCAAACUAUUGAGCUUGAAUUGCAAGAAAUUAUGAAAGGAAAGUUCGACCACUUCAUGCAGAAGGAAAUUUUCGAACAACCCGAGUCCGUGGUAAACACAAUGAGAGGUCGCCUGGACGUUGCCAACAAGCAAGUUACAUUGGGAGGACUUCGACAGUACAUCUCGACCAUUCGUCGUUGCAGGAGGAUUAUAUUCAUUGCUUGCGGUACCAGUUACCACUCUUGCAUGGCAGUUCGGGGGGUCUUCGAAGAGCUCACCGAAAUCCCAAUUGCCGUCGAGCUUGCGUCUGACUUCUUGGACAGACAGGCACCUGUCUUCCGUGAUGAUACAUGCGUGUUCGUUUCUCAAUCUGGCGAAACCGCUGAUUCUCUAAUGGCUCUCCGUUAUUGCCUUGAACGCGGAGCCUUGACUGUUGGUAUUGUCAAUGUUGUUGGGUCUUCCAUUUCUCUUCUCACUCAUUGUGGUGUCCACAUCAACGCUGGGCCCGAAAUCGGUGUUGCUUCGACCAAAGCUUACACGUCCCAGUUCGUUGCUAUGGUCAUGUUCGCUCUUUCUCUUAGCGAGGAUCGGGCUUCGAAGCAGAAGAGACGGGAGGAGAUUAUGGAAGGCCUUUCUAAGGUUUCCGAACAAUUUAAGGAGAUAUUGAAACUAAACGAGCCUAUAAAGCAAAUGUGCGAACGCUUUUUCAAGAACCAGAAGAGCUUGCUUCUGUUGGGAAGAGGCGGCCAGUUUCCCACCGCUCUGGAAGGUGCGCUCAAGAUCAAGGAGAUUUCAUAUCUGCAUUGCGAGGCCGUCAUGUCUGGUGAGCUGAAACAUGGUGUCCUUGCUCUCGUUGACGAGAAUCUCCCCAUUAUUAUGAUUUUGACCCGGGAUGGCCUCUUUACCAAGUCACUAAAUGCCUACCAACAAGUUAUUGCUCGCAGCGGUCGCCCAAUUGUGAUAUGCAAUAAGGAUGACCCUGAAUUCUCCUCGGCCCAAACCGAGAAGAUCGAGGUACCGAAGACCGUUGAUUGCCUCCAGGGGCUCCUCAACGUCAUUCCACUCCAGUUGAUUUCCUACUGGCUUGCUGUCGGAGAGGGACUCAACGUUGAUUUCCCUCGAAACCUUGCGAAAUCCGUUACCGUUGAGUAA